AACAUUAGGGAUUGUCAAUGGUUUUCGCGCCAGAAAUGUGUGUUAUGUCAAAAUGUUGAUUUUUGUUGACAGUGUUUUAAAAUAAUAUAUCGGCCUUUUCUAUAUUUUUGCAGUGAAAAUACAUGACAAAUUUUGCGAUGAUGGAAGAAAGUUCAUGUGUUGACCUAUACAGGGUCCUAGAUGUUCUAGAAGAGAAUACCUUUGACACACCUACAGCAAGGAACCAGAAUUAUAUAUUGGUUCAGAAUGCACUUGAUAAUGGAGUUGGACUAAGUGAUUCCAUUGUGGAUAGAAUCAUGUCUAUAUGUAUGGAGGCCAUGAAGGAUGAUAAAAAAUAUUGUGGCAAUGUGUUGUUGAUAAUUUCCAGUAUCUUAAAAAAAGUCAAGGUAGAAGAAUUGUCACCGCCACAGCAACUACUGCCAUCAGCCUUGGCUAUUAUAAACAUUAUGAAAACAUUGGCAGUACUUGGUAGAGUGGAGUCAUUGCAGAGUAUGUGUUUGGAGACAUUAUUGUUAUACCCUGAUGAUAUUCUUAUUAUAAUAGCCACUUCACAAUCUGCUGAAUUGAUUGAGAUGUUUAAUUUAUAUUGUCAUUCAAGAAUACCUAUUAUUGUCAGGGAAGUGCUAUGUGAUAUAGUUUACAAGUUGAUAAACAUUCUACCACAAGAAAAGAAAACAGUGUUUGUGCAAGAGUUCUUAAGUAUUUUUUUCAAACUGGUACCAACUAUAGUCGAUGCUGUGGUAAAUUUGAACAGUUCAAAAAGUAUAACUACCUUAGAAUGUUUAACAGCCGAAGUUAAGACUAUAGACUAUGCUGGUAAUGCACAAUGGGAAGUGCUUUUUGAAUCUAUUUAUAAUCCAAAAAAGUUUCCUGCAAUUAUGAAGAAUUUAUUGGAAAGUGGCAAUUGUAACUGGUAUCGGUUGUGGAUUGCUUUUAUAAAGUUAUUAAAAAAUCAAAUAACACGCAGCAAUACAAACUUAGGAAGCCCCAUUAACUCACUGUUGCCAGUUGUCGAAAAUGCUUUCAAGAUGGAUGCUAUAAAUCGAUGUCGUGCAUUUUUAUGUUGGGAAGUAUUAAUUGAUAAUUUCCUUCCAGAGACAAAUGAAGUUUAUUUAGCUAAAAGGUUGAAACUGUUACUAAUACCUCUGCAUUCAAAUAAUGCAAAAUCCCAAGAUAUUGCUAUCGCAAAAUUUAGAACAUGGUGGCAUUUAAUAAGACAGUUUCAACAUAAGAUAGACAAGUUCAUAGAUCAAGUAAUAAUAUCAUUCUUACAUUUUUGUUUUGGAAAAAAUGUUGUACCGCAGAAAGUUAUCUUUGUACCUGGAUUAUUGUCGUUUGAAACUAAGAAAUUAGGCAUUGAAGCAUUCAUUGAAAUCGCUGGUCAUUUAGAUUGCAACGGUUGUGGAAAUUUGCUAAAACUCAAUGGAAGAAUCAUUAAUACAAAUACUUUAGUGAGUUAUUGGAAUCAUUUUGCAUAUUCCCUUCAAAAAACUAUAUUCAUAGUAGCAAAUGAACCUGUUGGAAUUACAACAGCUCAAGUGCUAUGUUUGUGGAAGUCAUUUAUUUUGACUAUUGGGGAAUUGCCUGCAAAUAAUAUCAGAAAAGAUAUUUUUACUGAAUUACUGUCAGUGUUAGUGAAAGUGACACAGGAUUGUGAGAAGGAUGAUAUACCUCUAGAUAAGGUGUCAGACAUGAUAUUGACUUUGGUUUUCUCAUUAUUUGAUCAUUGUGAUAAAAAGAUUGAGGCCCUUCUCAAAACAAAGGUACCAAAAUAUGAUGGGCCUAUGUACAAAAUUAUUAAAAUUCUUUUAGGUCCAGCAUCAAAUUUAUUUUAUAAAAGUGAUGAUGAACAACAAUCUGUUAAAAGAUUGAAACCAGUGACAGAUUUUAUUAUGGAUAAAACAUUAUGUUGUUCAGAUGAGUUAAUGGAUUGGAUUUUGAAGAAUUUACAUCCAAAUGAUAAUAUUUUGAUCCUGUGGACAGCACUAGCCGAGUCAGUGUUUGAAAAAAUGACAGAACUUUCUGAAAGUAAUUUAUAUGAACUGCUACUGUGGCCAGUGAAGUAUAUUAGUAAAUUUUCUGAGAUUAGGGUAUCUGCAUUAAGAUGGUAUUCAUUAUAUGGUGCUGUAUAUUCUGAAAUUAAGAAGACAAAUUUAAAUAAAGAGAUUACAAGAAUAUUGUCAACUUUAAAUAUUACAAAUACAAAUAAAUAUUUCAUGCUUUCUGUUGCUCUUGCAUUGGUGAAAUAUAAUUUAGUGGAUUCGAAAACAAAGAUAACUUGUGGAAAAGAAAUUGAAAUAUUAACAAAUGUUAUCCAUAAAUUGGAAAGUUAUGAAAGUGUUGAAAAAGAAUUCCCAAUAUUAGUGGACACCCUUGUUCUUUUGAUGACAAGUCUAUUACAAGAUGAAAAUGAAUCAUUGGCCCUACAUGCUGUAACAGCUACAAUUAAUGUUUUGAAAUUGCUUGCUGUUUUAUUAGAAAAUGAUACUAAAUUAAUAGUUUUUAUUGAAAUUCUUCUUAGUCCAAUAAAACAAAUACUCAAAAGUAAAACAUACUCACAGUUGAAGGUUUCUGUAAUAGGAGAAUUAAUAGAGGUCUUAAGUAUUAUUGGGAAACAUUCAUUAUUAAAAUUGAUUUGUGUUUCCAUAUUAGAUACAUGCUUACUUAACACAAAAGAUAGUGACACUUCAUUUGUCAAUGAUGUGAAAAAUGCUCUAGACAUCAUGAAAUCUAAUGGAAGUUCUUCAAAAGCGUCCAUAAAUCAAAAAUUAGAUAAAAAUGAUUUUACUUCUCCUAAGGCAAAAAUAAGUGCUAAAAUAACCAAGAAAAAAGAAACAAAAAUUAUUAACACUGUUGUCGAAAAUGGUGAAGAGUAUGUGGUAGUAAAAUCUAACUGGAAAUUCAAUCCUAAAAACUUAACAGAAAAUCAGAAAGAAAAAUUACAAAGAAAAAGAGAAGAUAUUCCUGCUUUAUAUCAAGAUCUCUCUCAAUCACAAGAUGAAUUUAAAUUAACAACUUGGAAAACAGAUUCUCAGGAUACGUCAACAACUAACAGCAAAUCGUCAGAAACUAAUAGUACAUCUGAUAAAGUUACUACAAUACUCAAAAAUAUACCUAGUUCUGAUGUUGUACCUAAAAUAAUAGAAAAUAUAUUUUCAGACAACAAAAAAGAGGUAUUAAGCAAUGAUAAUUCAAAUAAAACUAAAGCUAUACCUACAAUUGUUAAAGAUCCAAAAACUCCACGAAUUGCUCUUAAAGAUAGAGUUUUUAGAAAUGUUAGGAAUUUAAUAGAAAAAUCUUCAUUGCAAAAAGAAAGUAAAGACAUGUCUGAAAGUUUAAUUCAAAUUGAAAAUAUUUCAAAAUCUCCCUUAAUAACUGAUACCAGUAAUGUAAAUGUGACUAAUUCUGCACCACCAAAACUAAACACGGAACGACCAUCACGCGUUAAAAGGAAACCUAGAAAAUUUGACGAUUCAGAGCUAUUUCUGAACGUAAAGAGAGGAAGGCGUCAUUCUAUUCAAAUGGAUUCACAGCUAGAUAAUGAUGUAUCAGAAAUACCUAUUGAAAGUAAAUCAACAAAAGAAAGUGAUAUAAUAAAUAAAGAUGGAAUCGUCUCGAAUGAAUAUAGUUCAGUAGGUCAAAAUAUGGAAAAUGUUAAACAAAUUACAGUAUCUGAUAAUGAUAAUAUUCCUAUUUCUGAUGAUAAACAUAUAAAUAAUUCUUGUGAGAAUGUUAAGAUCCAAGAACAUCAAACUCCAUUAUAUAGUAGUAAUAUGUUAGUAAAUAAUCAGGCAGGUAUUAAUAAUAGCAUAUCAACGGAUCUGUCUGAAUGUGGUGAACAAAAAUUUAUUAUUGAAAAAAAAUCAAUCGACGGAGAUUCUUUAGGUGGAGUUGAGACUAAAAUUGUAACUACACCAAAACCAUCAAAGAAAAAGGAUCUGCAGCAGUCUUCAACGAAAAAAAGUAGCACAAAGAAAUCUAGAAUUGAGAAAGAGUUGGCAAUAGACAUGGUUGAAGGACAUCCAUUUCUGAAAGUACAGUCCGAGAAAAGGCUGACUAGGAAAAAUCUAAACAAUUCUAUGAACAGUGGCAGAAGAAAAAGUUUAACAGAAAAAUUGAAUAAAUCUAAAUUAGAUUUAAAACCAAAUCUGAAAAUCGAUAAAAAACUUAAAGAGAAAGAUAAAAUUAAUGUUGAGUCAACCUGUGCUACUAGUAACUCCCAGAAUAAUAAAGCCAAGUAUUCUGAUUCUUCAGAAGAUUUUCCAUGUUCUGAAGAUGUUAUAGAAAGUUCUCAAGAUUCAACCAUUACAACUGUUUCAACAAAAUCAACAAAACAGGCCAAUAAAAGGUCAUCGUUAGUUGCAGUAGACCCUAUUGUCGAACAACACCAGAAUCAUAAGUCUGUUUCUGAAAGUCAAAAUAUAUUUCAUAUAAAUAAUCAGGCAACAUUACAGUCAGUUGAAUUGCCAGUAGAACAAGAAAGUAAAGAUGAUACAGUCAUUUCACAAAAUAAAACGGCUUUGGAUUCUCAAAAAGAAGUGGAUUUAACUGAAAAUAUGGAUACUGAAUCUAUUAAUAUUGAAGGAUCUAAUGAAGUUAUAAUAGUUAAUGAUGAAGAAGAGCAGCCAAUAAUCAUUGAUACAGAAAACAGUAUUAUAGGAACAGAAACACAAGAAUUAGCUGAUGCUGACACUGAACCUAUAAAGCCUGACCAUAAUCUUCAAGUACAUGAACACGCUGAAAAAAGUAAGGAGAAUAUUAGGGAAAACAUUAUUUUGGAUAGUACUGCAAAUAAAAAUUUAAUGACUGAGGAAAGUGCAUUUAUUGUUGCAACUAACACCAGUAUUUCCCCAUCUGAAUCAAAUAAAGACCUAAAAAUUACUAAGGACAACAAUGACGCAUCUUCUCCUUUGAAAGAUGAGGCACAGAGAAAAAAGGACUUUUUGGAUAAUACAUUAGAAAUAUCUCCAAUAAAAACUAUGAGUCCAGUGAGAGAUAAAAAGUCACCGUCACCUGAAACUAGUAACGACUAUGUAGUAAUAAAAUUAACAUCACCUGUUCAUAGUAAUGGUGAACCAUUUGGUAAAUGUGAAUCACCAGAAAUUUUUACGGAAGAUAAAAAUUCACCCUCAAAAUCGCCUGAUAAAAGAGACCAGUCGCCGCCGCGACAAGAAAUAAGCUUAUAUAAUAAUACGAGUCCUAGCUCAUCAUUGUCUUUAAAGAAAAAUAAAUCUCAAGUACGCACCGGAGGUCGUGCAGCUCAAAUGUUGGGACUUUGCAUGCCUGUCGCUGAUAGAUUGCAACCAAUUAUCAAUUUAGAUAGGUGUGACCCAGAAGAAAUAAAGAAAAGUAAUCCAUGUAGUACUUCAGCCAGGAGGAAUUUGCGCAUUUUAUAUAAUUCUGUCAGUGAUAAUAAUGAACACUCUGAAGAAAAUGAAAGUAGUGAAAUUUUUUUAAAAUUAAAAAGAUCCUUACCAACUACAGACAGUACUCCAACUGGUCCUAUAUUAAAAAGAAAGUUAGCUGAAAUUGCAGAUGAUGCUACAAUUUCUCCAGCCAACAAGAGAAAACGGGUUAGUUUUCACGAUCCACCGGUAUCAACAACAAUAUCAGUUCAAAAAUACAUUGAACCUAGUGGAAUUCGAUCUCCGCAAAGUUCUGCAAUUAAACGGCAAGAGAGACAGACAAGAUCCCAAAUAAAUAUGAAAUCGCCAAAAAGACUGGACAAUGUGUUUAAACUUGAGAGUGUACUAACUAAGGCUGUGGAGAGCUUUAAUGAAACUGAUCAAAACAUGAGAAUUGAUGAUACUCAAUUAGCUUCUUUGGACGAAACUCCUGCUGUUGAAAUUGUAAAGACUAGUGAUCUUAAUAAUAUUGAUCCUAUUUGUCCAGAUUUAAUAAACUGCACAGACCCAAUAGAUAUUAUUGCUAGUGAUUUGUCGUCAUCGACAACUAAGUUAAUGUUUCUUAAAGAACUGGAGGGAAAAAUUAUUACAAUUGGUGAUUUAGCAAAGAUGACAGAAUUAGAAGUAAAUCGAUUGUGCAUUAAAGCUCCCAAGAUAAAGAUAGCUAAGAAAGUUUUAACUGAUUAUGCCUUAAAGAAAACUGUUCAUUUGCCAGACGAACAAAUUAUAAGACAAGAUGUAGAUACCUUUACUCAGGAGACAAUGCUUCCUAUUAAAGCUAUUGAUAUAGAGAUACAGACUGAUAACACUGUAAUGUUAGAUGUAGAAGUCCAGACUAUAUCUGUACCACUAAAAUGUGCUGAUGCUCAGACUGAAAAGGUGCAAAUAUCAGAUACUGCUGUUCAGACAAAGGAAUCUGGAAGGCAACCCACCAAGGAAGUAAUUGCUUCAUGUUUGUCGGAACGAUCGGAUUUCAUACAGAAUCUUGAAGUUCAACUUGAAGACGAAUCUAAACAAUGUAUAGCCGAAAGUUUGCCUUUCACAACCCUCACCAAUUCUCUUGUAAAACAAGUGACUGACUCUAAUGCUCAAAUAAUUAUUAGUAGAGUAUUAGGUAGAGUAUCAGAGACAAGCGAAUCUAAAGAAAAUAAUGAAUUAUCAUUUUUACAGCAAUUUUUGUGCGAAAGAUUCCACACAAAUGAUCUUAUUUUGUUCUGUAGUCAAUUAUUACAGAAUAUACACAAGAAAGGCAUAUAAGAGACUGUACGAGUAGAAUGUAUAUUAUUUUAGUGUAUAAUUUAGUUGUAAAAAGAAUUUGUGUCCACAAUUUUCGAUCGUAGAUUAUGUUCGUGAUAUGUUCAUAAUGCUUAUUCAUUUUAUUUAAGCAGUUAUAUGAUACGUUUGUCAUUUUAUUAAUGACGAAUAAAAUAUUUAGUAAAUAAACCAGUAUUUAUAA